ACAACGCUGCGCCGCGAUUUAAACGCUGCCAACAAACACCCCGUUCGUCUUCUUUUACCACGAUCGUAGGGGGAAUAUAACUUUAUAUAUGGUUUUCGCUCGUUGGUGUGUACGAAGAGAAAUAAUAAAAUAAACGAAUGUUUUUUUUAUAUAUUGUGAUUUAUAAAAAAUUGUUUGAGUGCGGAUAUUUACCUUUAAAUCCUGUGCUUGACAUUUUUUGAGAUGAUAUUAUAGUGAGGAAGAUGAUAAUCUUGCAUAGACUAUUGUACAAGAAAUUAUCCGUCGUGGAGCAGACGCGUUAAAGGAUGCUGCAGCGGAUCAGUGACAUUGACGCGACGACUAAAAGGUCAACGAAAUCGAACCCUCUAAGGGUUGCUGGACCAAAAGGGCGAAGCUGAGAAAUUGACGGAACGAAAAAAUAGAAAGGAGACCAUCGGGGCGAGUGGCAAAAAGCACAGCUCCGCAUUCGCAGCGGCGACGAUGCGCACGGGCGUGAAGGUCGAUUGCGUGGAGGCGGCAACCGUAGUAGGCAAAGCAGCAGCGGCAGGAAAAGGAGGGGCGCCCAAGGAGCGCUCUGUCGCAGGAGGAUGAUAGAUCACAAGCAGCACAUCUUGGUGGCGCCGGCACUGAGCAACAGCAGCUGCUGGCGCAAUUUGCCCGGUGGUCAUUUCGAGGCGCACUGGCAGAACCCUGGCGUCUAUGAGAUCGUGCGCGCCACUCUCGUGCUCGGCCUUAGCCUCGGUAUACUCUUCGCUAAUCUACUCGUCAUUUGCGUCAUCAAUAGUCGGAGGUAUCACAAGUACAUACACGCGCAGCCAAGGUACCUGCUAACAAGCUUGGCGAGCAACGAUUUAGCGAUUGGGUUACUGGUCACGCCCUUUGGCUUCAUACCUGCAGUCUACAGCUGUUGGCCCUACGGCGAACUCGUCUGUCAAAUUCAGGCAUUACUGAGGGGUGCACUGACCCAGCAGAGUGCUGUGAUCCUAGUUUGCAUGGCCAUCGACAGAUAUAUGUGCAUGCUACAUCCACAGCGGUACUUCCGUAAGUCUUCGAAAAAGUAUUACAUGCGGCAGGGCUGCGUGGCGAUAAUGUCGACUACGUGGAUUGCCAGCGUGGCUAUAUUUGGCAGCCUGGUGCUGCCUAAAGGUGGCUACUACUUCAAUGACACUGGUUUACUUGCUUGCGAGCCUUUUUUUGACAAAGCGUCGUUUAGGAUACUGGCGUGCUGCUGCUUCUAUUUCCCGACGACGAUGGCCCUGAUGUACUUCUACGGCUCGGCCUUUCACGUGAACAAACUCCGCCUGAAGAGGGUAGUUUGCGUCAACACACCCGAAGUCGUUGGCGCCGGCCACAUCGAGCGGUUAAUGUUGCACGAGCGCCAACUGUCGACCGCUGCCUCGAGGACAAUGGCCGCGAUGAGCCUUGGCUUUAUCGUGAUGGUCACACCUUGGACGAUUCAGGAAGUGGUUGCCGCUUGCACAGGAAGCAAACCGCCGGCCUUCCUUGACUUCAUUGCUACUUGGCUCUCGCUAUCCAACAGCUUUUGGAAUCCCUUCCUCUACUGGCUCCUCAACAAUCACUUUCGUAGAAUCUCCCGCGAGAUUAUUUACACUAGGUUAUUGUGCAGACCAAAGCCGAUGGGGCCGAAGCAGCAUUGCUGCGCAACGAGCACUGCUGGUUUCGACGUUUGCAGUAUUGGUGGGUUGGACUUGUCAGGUCUCGAGCGUUAUUCAAUGGACCGUUGUUCCCUGGCUCAUUGUUCGAAUCUUUCACUGGCAACAACACCUCCAGUUCCAUGGGAAAUGACACCAGGUGGUGUAUUGAUUACGUGAGGACGGGACGCCGCCACGCAAACGGACUCGCCGCUGGAGGAAUUAGCGGCCGAGGACGAUGUCAGUUAGUACAGCGUGGCGGCGCUGCCAGGCUGUGAGGAUCUCGUAAUGCAAGCACUCGUCGGCAGACGACAACAGAGAGACAGCCGUCGUCGUCGGCAUCAUCGUCGACACCGGCAGGAACAGCAACGUCCACGAAGGAAUGUCAGAUCAUUUAGAGCCGCAUGGGUAUCUGGUGAACAACGACUCGUUGUUCUUGGAUGGGGUCAUGCCGAUUGUUUGGCUUUUCUUCUGGUACGCAAUGGUGCUGCAUACGCCUGCGUUUUUUCUAGAGGGCGCCAUGGUGCUGCCGCCACCAUUGAACGGUUAUCGUGAAUCGUUAUACUUGCCAGCGGCACGGUUAUCGUGCAGCUUUAGACGUUCAUGUGUUGCAAUUCUGUUAUUUUUUAAUAUAAGUAUGUACUUUGUUACUUGAAGUUGGUUGUUGUGGUGAGUUCAAUUUUCAAGUUUGAUUGCUGUUGAGAAUAUGGUUGAUUAAGCGUUAGAAAAAUAACACUAGGUAAAUGAGACUGGCAAAAGUCAAAUGUUUAACUUCCUUCAUUCUAAGAUUUUAAGGAACAUUUUUUGCAAGUGCGAGCUGGAAAUUAUAAAAAUAUAUUGUUUUGUAAAUUAAAAGAUUUAUUAUUAAAAUUGUUUGAUCGAGCUUAGUUAUUUUAAUAAACUAAUAAAAUAUGACUUGCGGAUUCGAUUUUUAAUCCAAGUAAACUCGAUGAAAAUUUGAUUGGUCGAUCAAAAAAUUUACUGAGUAGAAAAAUUUGAUCUCAAUUAAGGAAACAAUAACUACUUACUAUAUAUGCAAUAUCAGGAAAAGAAGCGAAUAGAGGCAUCUACAAUUCGAAAUUGUUUUUCAUAACGUAAAGAUUCCAUUAGAAUUCAAUGGAGAUUGAGAUCGAUAAACAUAAAUGUCAAGCAAUUUAAUAGUCUAUAAUAAUAAAAAAUAAUUUGAAUUAAAUUUUAUAUAGAAGAAAACACUUAGAUAAUCAUAUAUCAUGGUUGCCAUUUCACUGUAUUUAAUAAAAAGAAAUCAAAAGAUUGUGUCUUAAUUCAUAAUCAAUGUUUUUUUUCAAUUUUUGAAAGAUAAUAAGCACUUUUUUAUUUUCUGAAAAUAGCAGAACAAACUAACAUAUUUUUCUAUUUGUCUGAUAAGAUAUCCAUUAUUCAAAUAUAUUAAACAUUAUAUUCUAUGAUUAAAGCAUACUUUUAAAUAUUGCGUUACGCAUAUCAUUGUAAAGGUUCAUAUAACACAUAACUUAUUCUAAAUAUAUUGUGAAAAAUUAAAUUAAGUAUUUGGUAAUGAAAGGUUAAUGUAUGUUGAAGCUAUUCAUUCAGUUGGAAUUAAUGUUGAACAUUAAUAUUGUUAAUCACAAAUGAGAAAAGAAGAAAUGCGCUGGACGAUGUUUGUAAAAUUAUAAUCGUAUGAUAACGAAUAUGUGAAUCUCAUUGAUUAAUUGGCGAUUUUUUCGCCGUAUUAGAAACAUUUACCAUGUGUCGAAGCAAUAUUUGCUUAUUUGCACCGGUACAAAGCAUAAUGAAUUAUUUUGAUUACAUGCUAAUGAGUAAUUAUAAUCGCAAUUAUUGUCGUAAUUUUUACAAUUGAAUAAAAAUGUCAUAAAAGUCACAAUAAAAAACCACAUAAGGGGUAGUUUUAAUUUGGUUAUUCAACGUGAAAUUUUAAAACCGUGUUAAUUAGAAAUAAUAAUUUUUUUCAAUAAAAGUUGCACUUGUAAAUAAUAAAGUUCACGUAUGCGUCACUGCCCCUUUGAUAUAACUCCUUUGGAAAUCAUAAAUUUUGCCAUUUAUUAAAAAAAAAAGAAUAUGAACAAAUUCUACAUAUAUUUCAGCACGAACGUAUGAAAAUGAUUUUUUGUAAGAUAGCGACACAAUAAAUGAAAUAAACAUAACUAGCCGAUGAAAAUACAAUUAAUUAUUAUAUAUAGAUAUAUUAAAACGAAGCACGAUUGAGCAUGAGUAAAUAAAUAUAUGUAAGUAUGAUAUGGAAUAAUUAAAAAAUUAAUCAUUAAUGAAUUGAUUAUUAAGUAAGAAACAUUUUUUUUAGAACAAGCGUUGAAAUAUGCCUUAACAUGGAAACUAAAAAUAAUGAGAUUUUGAACUUUGAAAUGCAACAAAUUGGGUACAGAUAGAAUUGUAAAGAUGUUUGUAGAAUAAAAAUUUUAAACAGAAAACUCCUUUGUAUUGAGUAAAUAAUCAACAUUUCAGAAUUUAAAAUGUUACUGUUUUUGAACUUAAGGCGAUCGCCGAAAUUUACUUCUGCUUCCAUUUUAGUUGUAAACAUUAGUCAUUUUUACUUUUGUAUUAUUAUUUCCAAAUAAGCUUGUACAAUACAAAGAUAUCUCAAUAAUUUUAACUGUAGUUCAAAAUCAUGUAAAAUAAAAAUUAAGUAGAAAAUUUAUAGUUAUGAAAAUGCGAUUGAUCUUUGGUAAUUUUAUUGAUUUGUUUGAUAAAAUUUUUUGUCAAAUCUUUAUAAAUCAUAACUUGAAACUUUUAUGUUGUUAUAACUACUAUACACUAUCAAUUUUCGUGUUUCUUAUUAAGGUAAAUCCAGGCAAAGAGCAUCUCGUGCGUAAAACGAAUCAGUCCGAUAAUUAUAUAGAUAGCGCGCUGGGCGUUGCUUACAGUAUUGUAAUGUAAUGGUACCUACUAUAUGCCAUACUUAAUUUAUUUCUCUGAGUGUACUGUGAGAAGUGAUUGUCGAUAUACAUAUUUCCAAGCAUAAUCUUUUGAUUUUAACAGGCAUGUAUGUCGUUCUAUUUUUAGAUUAUGACUAGUGAAUGAACGCGGAAACAAUUUUUAUAUUUCAAUUUCCAUUGUAUUAUUAGAAUCCUCAUUGAAUUUGGAUAUUCAUUGAUUAUUUUAUUAAUGAAGUGAGUUAAAGUGAAACUUUUACUUCCGAGCAAAACGAAUCAUGGGAAAAAAGAUGAUCCGUUUUGCCCAACUUGAAAAAUUCGGCUUCUUUUAUUAUUGUAUGUAUAUUUCAAGGAUUAAUUUUGUUUACAGAAUGAUUUACACGUAUAAACGAAAAACAGUUCAUGCUAGUUGGUUGGAGGAUACCGUUCACCACUUGGCACGACAUAUUUUGAUAGAUAGUGUUCGUAAAAAAAAGGGUAAUUUAAAAUAGUUUUCAACGAAGAGCAAGACGAAGAACUUUAUAAAUACAUAAAGAAAUGGAUUUGUUAUUUUUCCGAUGUGACCUGAAUUAAAUUUCAAAAACUUGCAUAUAAUUAUACGGAGGCAUGCAAAGUUAAGCGUCCAUUCAAAAAUGAAAUUGCUGAUGAUGAUUGGUGUAUUAGUUUUAAAAAACGGAACUCUGAAAUUACUCUCUGCAAUCCAAAAUCUCUUGCUCUAGCUAGGGGUUUUAAUUGAUCACAAGUUGAAAAUUUUUAAUUUUUACUAUGGGUGAUAAUUAAAGAAAAAUCUAUCGAUGGUACAAUGAUUUAUAACAAGAAUAAAAGAGGAAACCGUUCAACUAGUAAUAAAACACCUGAAAUGUUAACAGUAAAGAGAAUAAAGCAAGUAGAUUUUACCACCACAUCAUCCUUGCACGAAAGAGAAUGCAAAAUCGUUUAUUAGAUGAUGUUCCUGCUGGCUCUAGAGGUUACGUCAGUGGUAGCGGUUGGGUGAACGGACCAAUCUUUUUUUGAAUAGCUUAAGUUUUUUGCUAUAAAUGUUCGUCUAAACGAAAAUCAUAUAACUUUAUUAUCCUUUGCGCUACAUACAAGAAAUAAGAUCAACCAUUAGAUGUUUCCGCGUAGGGACCUAUCAAAAAGUUCUUUGAAGAAGAAGUAUAGAUAAAUUUCAAAAAACCAUCUUGGAAUGACGAUCAUCUAGAAUGAUAUGUUCAAACUAUUUAAUGGAGCUUAUGUGCGAGGAGUAACCGUUCAAGGUACUAUAAAAGGUUUUCUUAAGCCAAGAAUUUGGUAAUAUGAUACUAAUGUCUUCAAUGAUGAAUAGUAUGCUCUUACUAAUCUCACGAAUCGUACUUUAGAUUAAAAAGAAAAAUCAACAGAUUUUGUUGUAAAUAAAUUAGAUUCUCAUGUUGACUUGCCUGUUAAUAUUCAUUUUGAAAUAUUAGUUUCAUCUAAGAUCAGACCAAUACCAUCAAAACAGCGAAAGCAAAUAAAAAAUAAGUAUAAAAGUGAAGUUGAAUUUGAUGCUCUGAAAAAGAGAGUUAAAAGAGAUAAAAAAGUGUUAUUGUUCAUUUUGCAACAAGAAAUACAAGGAUGGAUCCCCCAAAAGUAGAUCCAAUUUUAUCAAUGUUCUAAUUGAGUACACGAAGACGGCGUCGAACAUUUCUAUUGUGAUAAUUGUAAUUCUUAUAUAUAAGUUUUUUUAGUUAAUAUUAAUUAUAUAUUGUUCAUGUUAGCUUAUGUAAUUAUAGAGCUUACAAAAGCUGUUAGAAAUGAUUUAUUUAUUGUAAUUCAUUUUGCCCGACCAUAUUUUAGUCCGAGCAAAAAGGAUCACGUUUCUGUACAUUUAUUUAAAUAACUGUUAUUGUUUUCUUUUCCAAGUUAACUAUUGUGUUAUGUAAUACAA